UAGUCUUCCCACAAUAAUCUAUACAAAAAGUCACAAGGAUGCUUCGCUCCGAAUCCAUCCCCCUCUACCUCCUCCUUUCUUUCUUCCUUCUUCUCGACACGAGCUUGGGUGUCGAUCCGCUUUAUGAUAUCUGCUUCGGCAAAGAAAACUACACUUCCAGUAGUCCUUACAAAGACAACCUCGACAGGUUGCUCAGUGCCCUCGUUUCCAAGGUCCCUCCUAGCGGGUUCGGAACCAGCUCAAGCGGCGAGGGGAAGAAUCAAGUGUACGGGCUAGCCCUUUGCCGGGGUGAUGUAUCGAGCUCCGACUGCAAAAGUUGCGUCUCCGAUGCAGGGCCCGAGCUUCUGCAGCGUUGCCCUAAGCAGAAGGGUGCUGUUAUUUGGUAUGACAAUUGUCUCCUCAAGUAUUCCGACAUGGAAUUCUUCGGCAAGAUUGACGACAAGAACAAGUUCUACUUGCUCAACGUGCAGGACGUCGACAUGGACUUCAUGGAAUUCUACAGGAAGAUCAAGGAGCUGCUGAGCAGCUUGACGGACGAAGCCGUGGCGGGACCCAAAAAGUAUGCGUACGGCCAACUCGAGCUUGGAGGGAGGAAGACCCUGUUCGGCUUGGCUCAGUGCACGAGGGAUCUGUCUGGAGAUGACUGCAAGACGUGCCUCGAGGGCGCGAUAAGCGACCUGCCGAGCUGUUGCUAUGGCAAACGAGGAGGGAGAACCGUUGGCGCGAGUUGCAACGUUAGAUAUGAGCUUUACCCUUUCGUCAAUGUUUGAGAUCGUUUGAAACUCGAUGAUCUCCGCAAAUGGAUGCGCCAUGUAUGAUGAAUCAAAGUUCGAAGAAAAUAAAUCCAAUAAUGGAUGGAUCUCAGGAGGGUGUUUAGUUGUUCAGGUUUUAACUUCACAUGAAAAAAAUGGCUUUGUCUUUC